UCAGCCCAAUCCACGGCUGGGGAUACGCACAUCGCACGCUCCUAGUGUAGAGCCGUCGCAGCGCAGAAAAAUAACGGUGCGCGAACCACGGAGCGAUGGCACCGCCGACCGAUGCGUCCUCAGCCUCACGGAUCCCAGGAAAAGCCGCUCCAGGAAAUUUAAAGCAACAUUGAUUUCUUGGCUGCAUUUGAAUGCAUCGCAUCAACUCCGCUCACGCCACGAAAACGUGAUUAGUGCCGAUUUAUCUUGUGAUGGCUUUCUAGAACAGACUGUUCAAUCACUACGCAGACUGAAGAUCAGAUCUGAUCCAUCACAGAUGCGUUAAUUGAACGUCCGUCGCUGUUCUUGCCUAUAUUAUCUUCUCGACGUCGGAAUAAAAACAUCUGUGGUUGAUAGAAGCAGCUGCACCAGCUCUAUAGUAUUCGAGCAUCCUUCCGCGAGUGUGCAUCAUCACCACCACCACCACCAUCAUCAUCAUCAUCAUCAUCGCACCCUGCAGCUCCAUCGCAAGAGGGAGGAUCCGCAGAGGAGCUCUCCGGGCAACACUGCUCACGCAUUCAGAGGAUGCUUUGGAUGUAAAAAUUACUAACCAUGGGGAAAGAUCAGGAAUUACUUCAAGCGGUGAAGACUGAGGACCUGAUGACGGUGCAGAAGCUCCUGCAGAGGCCCAAACCCGGGAAAGCAAAGUUGCUGGGCUCGGCCAAGAGGGUGAACGUCAACUUCCAGGACACUGAUGGGUUUUCACCACUGCACCAUGCGGCUCUCAAUGGAAAUGUGGAGGUCAUCUCACUGCUACUGGACUCUCAGGCCCUAGUGGACAUCAGGGACCAGAAAGGGAUGCGUCCUCUACAUUAUGCCGCAUGGCAGGGGAAGUCAGAGCCCAUGAAGCUGCUGCUGAAGUCGGGCUCUUCAGUGAACGGUCAGUCGGAUGAGGGUCAGAUCCCCCUGCACCUGGCCGCUCAGCACGGACAUUAUGACGUGUCUGAGAUGCUUCUGCAGCACCAGUCGAACCCCUGCAUAGUGGACAAUGCUGGAAAGACUCCUCUGGACCUGGCUUGUGAAUUCGGCCGGGUCGGGGUGGUCCAGCUGCUUCUGAACAGUAACAUGUGUGCUGCUCUGCUGGAGCCCAAACCGGGAGACUCCACUGAUCCCAACGGCACCAGCCCACUUCAUCUAGCUGCCAAGAACGGCCACAUCGACAUCAUCAGACUGCUGAUCCAGGCUGGCAUCGAUAUCAACAGGCAGACCAAAGCGGGCACUGCACUCCAUGAAGCUGCGCUGUGUGGGAAGACUGAUGUGGUGCGCCUCCUGCUGGAUAGUGGCAUCAAUGCAGCGGUGAGAAACACAUACAGCCAGACUGCGCUGGACAUCGUCUACCAGUUUACUGCCACACAGGCCAGCCGCGAGAUCAAGCAGAUGCUACGAGGUAAGAUGAGAGAUGCCUCAGCAGCCUUGCAGGUCAGGGCACUGAAGGACUACUGCAACAACUACGACCUGACGAGUCUUAACAUAAAGGCUGGAGAUGUCAUCACAGUUCUGGAGCAGCAUUCAGACGGGAGGUGGAAAGGCUGCAUACAUGAUAACCGCACAGGCAAUGACAGAGUGGGCUACUUCCCCUCCAGCAUGGUGGAGGUGAUCAGUAAGAGGCCUGGGGCUGCGGGUUCAUGGAGUACAGUCACUUGUACCCAACAGUAUCAAAAGAUACAGCUCUGUGCGCCGGUGUGCGGCCCUGUGUCGCCCGCCGUUGCCAUGGUGAAUGGGGACUCGUAUCAUGAGAUUCAUAUCCUGCCGCCUCCUCCACCUCCGCCACCACAUUCCCAUCUGCCACUUUUCACUUCCUUUGGCUAUAACAGGUCCCCAAACACCCCAGAAGAGCCGCACAGUGGACAAGAGGCCAAGAAUGAUCAAGAUUUGGCUAGUUCUCGUGGCUCAGAGUCCAGUCCACAUGGCUCACCCACCCCAGCUGGUGGACCCCAAGGUGGCAGUAGCGAGGAGAUCUGGGUGCUGCGCAAGCCUGUGGCAGGUGGAGACCGCAGUAGUGUGGGCAGUUCAGGCAGUGUGGCCAGUGCCCGAUCCUCUGGCAGUGGACAGAGCGCAGGCAGCACCAGUAUCCUUCAUGCUCAAGCAGAGGGAGUCAAGCUUCUGGCCACGGUUUUGUCUCAGUCUGCCAAAGCAAAAGAACACCUGCUGGAGCAGACCAAGUCUUUGGACCAGCCGUCUCAUGCUUCCAGCAACAAGGGACCCUCCUCGCGCAGUCAGAGUUUGUCAAGCUGUCCACUUCACGAGCAGCCAUAUGGGGAGGCGGUGUCCCAGAGGAAAGGAGAGGCACUGCCUGAGGGGAAGAGCUCAGAAGCUGUUAUCGAAUGGCUGAGUGAAUUUCAGCUGCAGGUCUACGCUCCAAACUUCAUCAACGCCGGCUAUGACAUUCCUACCAUUAGCCGAAUGACCCCAGAGGACUUAACAGCUAUUGGUGUAACUAAACCUGGACAUCGAAAGAAGAUAACCUCAGAGAUAAAUAAGAUCAGUGUUAAUGAGUGGCUGCCAGACCAAAAACCGGCAAAUCUUGGAGAAUGGUUAGCCAUGAUUGGGUUGAGCCAGUAUCACCAGGUUUUAGUCCAAAAUGGCUACGAAAACAUUGACUUUAUCACUGAUAUCACGUGGGAGGAUCUUCAGGAGAUUGGCAUUACAAAACUUGGACACCAGAAGAAGCUAAUGCUUGCAGUGAAGAAGCUGGCAGAGAUCAAGAAGGCAUCUGACGGUCGCAACACAUUGCGCAAAAAGCCUCCAGCUGCUCAGGAAGUGAUGGCUAUUGAGAGCCCACCCCAUGACAGUGGAGAGUGUAUGUCCCCUAAAAUGAGCACUUUCCAGGACAGUGAACUGAGCGGGGAGUUACAGGCAGCUCUUACGCGCCCUGCUGAUGUGCAGGAUGGCACAGAGGUCAGAACCAACAGUGGCCCACAGCACAGAGCACGCAGUCUGCAUGAGAACAGCAUUAAUAAGAGUCGAGACACAGAAGAGCAUAGCGGGCCACCCAAAAAGGAGGCACGUACCAUGCGGCAGAGCAGCCAGGGAGGACAGAGAAGUGUCUCAUCAUCGCAGCCAAAACCACGUCAGUCUUAUCCCCAAGGUACAGGUCCACCCUAUACUCCACCUCAAACACCCACCAAAACAAAGCCUCCUGCCUCACAGACAACAAGCAACCCACCAGGGAAACCAAAACCUAGUCCGCAGAUACUCCAGCAAACAGAAAAACCUAUAACACCUCGUGGUCACCCGCAAUCCCCCACUCAGAGGUCCCAUCCACACCCUGCUGCCCAGCCUGUUGAAUCCAUAGAAGCUCCUCCCCAAGGACCUGCUGUUUCAGUGCCACUCCUGUGCCUGCCACCAGAUGGCGAUGAAGCUUGUGAUGAGUAUGGUCUGCCUAAAAAACGUGUCCAUAGCCUAAAUCGCUAUGCUGUGUCUGAUGGUGAGCAGGAGCGGGAUGAGCUGAAUGUGCCCGAUUCAGGAGGAAAAUAUGCUACAGUACAGCCUAGGGUGGGUCGCAGCAACUCAAUGAAGGGACAGGCAGACAAGAAUGUCAACCGAAGCCAGUCUUUUGCACUCAGACAGAAAAAGAAGGGUCCUCCUCCACCUCCUCCCAAACGAUCUAGUUCAGCCAUCUCAAGCUCCAGUAGUAAUCUGACAGAAGUGUCCAAAGAGACUAACAGUGGACCUCUUCUGGACAUUCCCUAUCAACCACAAAGGCGUGCCAGUGACCUGGGUGGCACUGUAGACACAGGCAGUGCAGGUAGUGUGAGAAGCAUUGCAGCCAUGUUAGAAAUGUCUUCUAUUGGUGGAGGUGCGAAGGGUCUCGCUUUGCAGAAAUCUGCUGGUCACUAUCUGCAGGUGGGUUCAGGAACAAAGCAGCGUGAUGCCAUUGGACUAGAUGGGGAGGUAGUGAACCGCCGCAGGACCAUUAGUGGACCUGUCACUGAGUUAGUAGCAGCUGCUAAGCGAGGACCAGAGUUAAUUCAGGACAGACAAUGCACUGAGGCCCAGCCUAGUUCUAGUGGGAGUUCAGCCGAGAAUCUUCCAUUUGCUGAAGAUGGAAACCUCACUAUCAAACAAAGACCUAGACAGGGAAAGGACGAGGCUGAAGAAGGCCUAGAAAUUUCAUAUUCUUUACCCCAUGAAGAUCUUUCCCGUGCUGAUUCCACAGCCUCAUUGAAAAGGAGUGUCCAGAGCACCAGGCACCAACCAAAUGGCACUAAGUUCCAACUCACAGAGUCAAACACAGUUAAGCGCCGUCCCAAGAGCAAAGACAAAGAUGCAGAGGAACUUCAAGAUGGACAGAUGCCUGUACCAUAUGAGAAUGGAACAGGCACAAUUAAAAGGCGUCCUACUUCAGAUGUGACUGUUUCAGAGCAGCCAAGGCCACAGGAACAUCCUGAGAACUCGCCCCGUCGGGACAGUGCGGAUCUGGAAGGCCAUGUCACAGAAAGUCCACCUCGCAAGUCUAUCAAACCUCCAGUGUCUCCCAAACCUGUUUUGGCCCAGCACAUGAAGAAGCAGGGACCACCAGCUGCCAUCACCAAGAAAGCCCCCUUUCCUGGACCAGCUGGGGCACCUGGCAGCCCAGGUACUACACAGUGCGGCCCUUUCACUUGCCCUGUCUUUACACAAUUAUUUGAAGGAAAAAAAGUACCUCCUCCGAUUUCACCAAAACCUACACCUCCUCCCACAGCUCCCAAACCAUCAAAAAAUGUUCUUCAGUCUUUAAAUGCGACACCUAAUCCCACUCCCACACCUUCUCCAGCCAAGCAGACUGUCACCAGAAUGGCUAGUACAGCCUCUGCCCAGACCAACCACCCUGUCAAGGCUACAACCCCACCAGCCUUGAUUGUGCAGACCCCACACACACCCCAGUCCCCUCACACCCCACAGACACCUCAAACUCCACAAACGCCCCAAACUCCCCCAACCCCCACCCCUACACCCCCACCUGUAAAGCCUCCUCGCUCCUCAAUUAGUGGGGUGUCCAUGGACAGUUCGACUGGAUCAGCAUUGGUCGCCGGGGUUGUGACAGCAGAUGCAGUGCACCAGAAGAUAGAGGAGACCAGUGCCUCACUGGCUGCAGCCCUGCAGGCAGUAGAACAGAAGAUCAAGGAGGAUGGGCAAAAAGACUCAAAUGCUGAAAACAAGAGCACAGUGAGUAUCCUAGAUGACAUCGGCAGCAUGUUUGAUGACCUGGCCGACCAGCUGGAUGCAAUGCUGGAGUGAAGAGCACAGCCUGUGUCUCUGUGGCACAACCUCAGGGCCCCGGGAGAGCACAAGGGCACAAUGACCAACAGCACCUAUUCCUUGCUAUUCCUUAUCACUUGCUCCUCUCACCCCCUUCCCCCCUCCCCCUUUCUCUUGCUCUUUACCCGUUGUUAUGAAACACCCAUCUCUCCUCUCCCCCUCCAAGUUGGUUUGCACAAACCCGAGCUGACGUACCUCAGGACUGGGCAGAAGGCCAUCCAGGGCUUUAAACAACAAAGACAGAGCAGAGGGUGGAGAGGCAGAGAGUGGGUUUUAAUAGAUAAAGCUCAACUCUCUGUCCAUGGAGCGUCUCUAUCUACCAUGAGCAAUGAGUAGUAAAAUAAUAUGAAAACAAUAAUAACUGUAUAUGAAAUAAUAGUAUGGUAUGUGUACAUUGUAAGCAUGAGGAAAGUUUGUAUCUAUAAGAAAAAAUCUCAUAGUGAGAGUCAUGCAUUAGUACAGUUAUAUAUAUAUAUAUAUAAAUAUAAAAUAUAAAUAUUUUAUGUUUUUAUUUCAUGUUCAAUGGUACAUACAGUGUUGAAACAUUAAGAAAUCUAUAAACUUUGAUGACAGAUAUGUGGAUUUUUCUAUGACAAAGUUUUAAAACAAACAAAAAAAUAAGGCUGGCUUAAACAUCCUGUAUGUUUGGCUGUGCUGUGCUGAAGAGUGUUGUGGGCUGUGUUGAAUGUAGUGACUGAAGUGGCUGUUUCACCCCCUGCUCUGGCUUGCUCUGGGCUCCCGCUCUGUGCUGCUGUGACCCUGCUGUUUCCAUACACUUUUUCUUUUUGCCUGUGUGAACUCAUACAUUCCUGCUCCUACACAGCCUUCUUCCUUUAACAUCCCUCUCUCUUAUCCUGCCCUCAUUGUGUGCAGUGUCCUGUGUGCCUUAACAUGAGAGGUGACCUUAGUGCUGCUAACAUACACAAGCAAACCAGUUCAAACUGAGACAGGUCUGGUAUCCAUGUGAAAGGCAUUGCCUUAAGCCAGUGGAAAGGGAUGAGCUUGUGUGUUCAGAUUUUUUAAGGAGUGACCUCAUCCUUGAACAUCUUCAUGGUUCAGUUAUCUGCAGCAAGGGGAUACAUGGUGUAGGCCUUGAAGCCAAAACAGGAUUUGUGAACAAGGGACUUGAUUAGCAGACUCUUUGGCAAUAGAUUGGAUAGUGAAAGCAGUUGUAGAAUAACAGAAAUGUUGAUUAGGAGACUAUGCAGACUAAAGCACGGAACACACAGAGUCGACUUCAAAGAACUAGUGGCGAUGAAAACUGUGUGUUGUUGCCUCGCGUUGGCUUCAUCUGGUCCUGUCUGGACCAAAAAGCUGCACAUAAACACCCCAAAUGGACAAAAGCUGAACAGAACUAGAAUGCACAUGCUGUACCUGCAUGAGAGGAUGUAUAGUUACACACCUGCAGGUAGCACCAUGUGUCUUGUCGUUCCACAAAGAGGAACUAAAGCAGCACACAUACAAGCCAUAAACAAAGCAGGGUUUACAUACCAUUUUCAGAGUAACUCUCGCUAACAAUAAAGAGAUUCCCUCAAACAAACAUGUUUCAUAAUCCAUAUCUUAAGAAAUGCAACAAAAUGGUCGCCAGGUCACUCUUGGUGCAAUUUUUGCUUAGUUUUGUCACUUUAUAGUCAGUUUUUGUUCUUGCACCAAUUAGAGCGCUCCUUCACUCACAGCCGAUACCAAAUCUACAUGCUGAACUGGACAAACUCACUCCAACGAGAGGCGGCACCAAGCAAACUAGCUUGACAGCUUGCCAAUGUCCAGAUGCUGCCUAAUGGUCAACUAAAGCCCAAAGUAUACUUUGUUUUUUCUUUUAUGUGUAUGUGGCAAAGUGCACAUUUUUGGACUAAUUUGUUUAAUAAUGGUCUCGUAAUAGUCCUUUUGAUCAGACUUUUCCAAACCAGGCCAGGGGAUGAGGAUUAACCCCCUCACUCAGGUUCAACACUGGCAUGAAUUACAUUCCUGCCAACACUUGCGUUUUUCCCAGGAGUCUCCCGUAUUUCAGACCGAUCUCCCACAACCCUCCUGUUUUGUUAUUUCUCCUGGAAAACUCCCGUAUUUAAGCUUUAUUUUCGUAAUCCUGAGCUUUUUGGUACAGUCUGUAACACAGGUGCCAACUUUGGUAUAGUAUCCGAUCGCAGCGGCCGCCCAAAACCCGGCCCAUAGUACAGUUACUAACACCACAGUACAGUUACUUACCCUGCAGAUGAUGCGAAUCUCCUAUUCCACCACAUCCCAAAGGUGCUCUAUUGGAUUGAGAUCUGGUGACUGUGGAGACCAUUUGAGUACAGUGAAAUCAUUGACAUGUUUAAAAAAUCAGUCUGAGAUCAUUUGCACUUUAUGGAGCGUUAUCCUGCUAAAAGUAGCCGUUAGAAGAUGGGUACACUGUGGUCAUCAAGGGAUGGACAAUACUCAGGUAGGCUGUGGUGUUGACACAUUGCUCAAUUGGUACUAAUGGGCCCAAAGUGUAUCAAGAAAAUAUCCCCCACACCAUUAGACCACAACCACCAGCAUGAACUGUUGAUACAACACAGGAUGGAUCCAUGCUUUCAAGCUGUUGUCACCAAACUCUGACCCUACCAUUCGAAUGUUGCAGCAGAAAUCGAGACUCAUCUGACCAGGCAAUAUUUUUCCAAUUUUCUAUUGUCCAAUUUUGGUGAGCCUGUGUGAGUUGUAGCCUCAGUUUCCUGUUCUUAGCUGACAGGAGUGGCACCUGGUGUGGUGUUGUGCAUUCAGAGAUGCUCUUCUGCAUACCUUGGUUGUAACGAGUGGUUAUUUGAGGUUACUGAUGCCUUUCUAUCAGCUCUGUCUGUUUGGCCAUUCUCCUCUGACCUCUGGCAACAACAAGGCAUUUGUGCCCACAGAACUGCCGCUCACUGGAUAUUUUCUCUUUUUGGGACCAUUCCUUGUAAACCUUAGCAAUGGUUGUGCGUAAAAAUCCCAGUAGUUCAGCAGUUUCUGAAAUACUCAGACCAGCAAGUUUGGCACCAACAACCAUGCCACGUUCAAAGUCACUUAAAAUCACCUUCCUUCCCCAUUCUGAUGCUCUGUUUGACCUGCAGCAGAUCGUCUUGACCAUGUCUACACACACAUGGUUGAUUUGAAAUUUGUGUUAACGGGCAGUUGGACAGGUGUACCUAAUAAAGUGGCUGGUGAGUAUUUUUUACUGGCUCUUUUUGUCAGUAGUUACAUCUUGCUGACAAAUAACCCAAAAUCGUAUUUGCAUGGCCGUAUUGCAUGGUUACAAUAAACAGACAACAAUAUGCACAUGCAGUUCUGGUAAUGAAAUCUGUGUUAUGCUCAUUGUACAAAAGAAAAAAAAAAAAAGCAUACUUUGGGCUUAAAGGUGCAACCAUAUUUAUUGUUGUCUUUGUAAAAAUGUUGAAUUAUUCCAAUAGGAUUUUUCAAGUUCACAUUGACAUGUUCAUUAACAGAAAAAUGUUUGUUUGAUUUUAUUUUAACUGUUUCAUACAAAUCUAAACAGUUGGCCAAUAGUUUGUUGUUGCUCCUGAAAUUUCACUGCAUUUCCGCUAAUGUGGCCAGGCCUUUUGUGGAGAGCAUGAAGGAAAACAAAUUUGUCCAAAAAAUAAGAUGCGUCAGUGGAUUAUUCACAGCAAGACUUGGAUCAUGCUUUAAGCAAAUAAAUAGGGUCAUGUUGACUUUUUAACUACAUGAUUGAUCCCAGAAACAGGAGCAGGAAUGAGAUAAAAGGGUCCAGCAAUAGUUGAUGGCUUUUAACAAAGUGGGACGCCAAGAAGCUUGAGAGAAGUUGCACAUGUGUGUAUGAAAGAGAGCGCGAGAGCUGCAUAGAAUAUAAAUCUAAAAGUAACGCAUGUAAGAUGUAGUGGACUGAACUUUGUGAAAAGAUUUUGCAGAGGUUAAGGAGUCUUGAUGCUCAGCAUUUCCACCUCAAGGAAUCUUUGCUUAAGGGUUUGUGAGCUUGGAAAGUGUAGUUCCACUGGAAGCCUGCAUGCCGUCUGACCUCAGUUCAUCACUCAGUGGCUGUUUAAGGGUGUGAAUGUACCAUGGUGUGCCUGCGUUAUACUGCAUUCCCCCUGCCCCAGACUCAUCCAGACAGAUGUUUCCUUAAUGACCAAAGUUAAGCACUAGAGUUCAAGAUGCAAUUAUGCUCGGGUUCAGAGAGGCAGCAGUUUUUAGGUUAAACAGAUUCACAGGGAAUCACAUUAAGUAACUUUCCAAGGACAUAUUGAGGGUAGACGGAGUUGUAAAGUUUGGUCUCUGUGGACAUGAGAUGUUUCCAGAUGCCUCAUUUACCGUAUGGUGAGUUUGCUGUUAUGACAGCACCGGUCACAACCAAACCUCUUGAAUGUCGUUAUCUCCAUCGCCAGCAAACUCGCAGAAGCUCAUUACUUUAACCAUCUUUGUUGCCAUGACAAUCUGCCUGCUCAUUAUUAGAAUCAUCAUAGUAUCAAAAUGAUCUUAAGAUGUAAUUAAAAAAAAAAAAGGGCCCAAAGGAAGAGAGACGA